AGUUUAUGCGCAAAUGCUGACUUCACGUCAGAUUCUCAGCUCCUGCAAGCAAGCGGCAAGCACGGACAUUUUGUAUGCUCCAAUAAAGUUUUAUUCUCUACAAAAAGGACUUGAACACUCACAAGGAAAAUUAUAAGAUUAUUUCCCUUUCGUGCAGCAUGCAGCCAACGAGUUUUCACGGUGGAUUUGAAGAAAAGUCGUGUCUGCGCAUGCUUGGAGGGAGAUACAAGAAGAGGAAAUAAACUGAUAAAGUGUCAACAAACAGAGAGAACUAACCGAUCCAGCCCUAAAGCUUCAGUGGAAUACAGCAGUAAAUCGAGUGAAUCCAGCAGGAGGAAAAUGCUGUCGUGUUUGAAAACACGCCGCUGAUUGGGAGCGUUAAAUAGCAAAUUGUCUUCCUGAAAAAGUUUCACUUCCUUUCUGGAAGUCAAAGAAAUUCCAGUUCAACCCGACAGUUCAGAGGAGGAGAAAAGAAGAUCUACAAAUAUUAUUUGAGGUGAGUGUUUCAUCUUUCUUUAGUCGUGUGUGUGUGUGUGUGUGUGUUAUGAUGUGUAACUUUGUGCUUCUGAGACUUUAAAGGUGCGCUGAAGUCAUACUGAUGAUUUUGUUUGAGUUCCUCAUGUCACGAUCGAACAGAUGAUCAAGUGUGUCUUGCUAUUAAUCGGUGAAGGGCGAUGGCAUCUGUUAAAGAGCUGCUCAAGAAUUCACUGUAUGAACUGUUAAAAGACGAUCUAAAAGAGUUUCAGUGGCAUUUAGAGAAUGAUCAUGAGAGUAUAUCAAAGUCUGACAUGGAGAAUGCAGAUAGGUUAAAAACUGUGGAUAAGAUGGUGGAGUGUUUUGGACCAGAAGAAGCUGUGAAGAUCACUGUGGUGAUCCUGAGGAAGAUAAACCAGAAUAAUCUGGCUGAGCAGCUGGAGCUCAACAAACUCAAGCAAGGCUCAUCUGCAGAUGACAGAGAAGCUACACUUCAUGAUUACACAGAGACCAGCCGCAGACUGAAGAACAAAUUAAAACAGGACUACAUGCGGAUAUUGGUUGGUAAUUCACAGACGGGUCAUCAGAAAAACCUGAACGAUAUUUACACUGAUUUAUAUGUGGUGGAGAAUGAGACUGGAGGAAGAGUAAAUGACCAUGAGGUGAGACAGAUCGAAUUGAAUCAGAAACAAGAUGAUGCCAAGGACACACCAAUCCAAUGCAAUAACAUUUUUAAAGUCAAUGAAAACAAAAAGGUACUGACGAUGGGGAUCGCAGGGGUAGGAAAAACUGUGUCUGUCAAUAAAUUCAUCCUUGACUGGGCUGAAGGAACAGAAAAUCAGGAUUUAGCCUUCAUUUUUCCUCUGCCGUUUCGUGAGCUAAACCUGAUUACAGAGAACUGCAGUCUCAUGGGACUGAUUCAUGAAUACUUCUUUAGUGAUCCUAAAGAACUGCCCUCUCUUCCUGAAGGUGAUGGUAAAGUCCUGUUCAUUUUUGAUGGGCUGGAUGAAUGUCGCUUCCCUUUGAGGUUUAAAGAGGGAGGCAGAUUUACAAAUGUUCAUGAAAAAACAACAGUGAAUAAGAUAAUAACAAACCUUAUCAAGACAGACCUGCUUCCCUCUGCUCUCAUCUGGAUCACAUCCAGACCAGCAGCAGCCAGUCUGAUUCCCCGAAACUACAUUGAUCAGGUGACUGAAGUGCGCGGAUUUAACAAUAAGCAGAAAGAGCAAUACUUCAUCAAAAACAGCAGUCCUGAGGUUUCUGAAAACAUCAUCCAGUACAUCAAGAAAUCCAGGAGCCUGUACAUCAUGUGCCAUAUCCCUGUAUUCUGCUGGAUCUCUCUCACUGUUCUUCAGCCUCUACUGGCUCGAGAGAACAAUGACAAAACACCUACAACCCUCACAGAGAUGUACACAAGCUUCUUAAUUUCUCAGCAACAACAGAUGAAAGAAAAAUACUGUGAUGAUCCUGAAGCCAAUGCAAUGCAUUUUGAUCAGAUUAUUCUGAAGCUUGGGAAGCUGGCCUUUCAACAGCUGGAGAAAGGAAAUCAGAUUUUCUACAAAAAAGAUCUUGAGGAAUGUGGGCUAGAUGUCAGUGAAGGGUCUGUCUACUCUGGGUUAUGCACUCAGAUCUUUCAGGAGGAAAAAGCUGUUUCAGCAAGAAGCGUUUACAGCUUCGUACAUCUCAGCAUCCAGGAGUUCCUUGCUGCUCUCUAUGUGUUUUUGAUUAAUAGAGACAAGAAAGAAAACCCAUUUCUUCAAUCAUGGACAGAAAAACUAGAAUUGAUUCUGUACCAAAAGCCACUUUUUCAGCUUCACAAGGCUGCAGUCAAUAAAGCUUUGCAAAGUGAGAAUGGAUACCUGGAUCUUUUCCUCCGGUUCCUUCUGGGUCUUUCACAGGGGUCCAGUCAGAAUGACCUGAGAGAACUACUGCCAGGACUGGAAAUAGAAACAGAGAAUGUUAAAGACACUGUUGACUAUAUCAGAAAGAAGAUACAGGAGGAGAAAUCAGUAGAGAGGACCAUCAAUCUCUUCCACUGCAGCGAACUGAAAGAUGACUUUUUGGAGGAAAUCCAGAAGAAUCUGCAAACAGGAAAACUUUCAGAACAGAAGCUUUCCUCUGCUCAGUGGUCUGGUCUGGCGUUUGUGCUCCUCAUGUCAGAAAAGACUCAAGAGAAGUUUGAACUGCAUAAAUACAUAAGAUCUGAUAAAGCAGUGGUGCGACUGCUGCCAGUGAUCAAAAACACCAGAAGAGCACUGCUACAUAGUUGUAAUCUCACUGCUCUGUCUUGUGAGAGUUUGUCUUCAGCUCUACAGUCCUCAAACUCUGUCCUAAGAGAGCUGGACCUGAGUAACAAUGAACUGCAGGAUUCUGGAGUGAAGCUUCUUUCCGAUGGACUGAAGAGCCCAAACUGCCAUCUGGAGAUAUUGAGAUUGUCUGGCUGUAUGGUGACAGAGGAAGGCUGUCAUUAUGUGUCUUCAGCUCUGAGUUUGAACCCUACACACCUGAGAGAGCUGGAUCUAAGCUACAAUCACCCAGGAGAUUCAGGAGUCAAGCUGCUUAAUGAAAAACUGGAGGAUCCGAACUGCACACUGGACAAACUCAAUGUGGAUCAUGGAGGAGAGAUCAGGAUUACACCAGGAGUACGAAGAUAUUCCCAUCAGCUCACUCUGGAUCUGAACACAGUGAAUAAACACCUCCGUCUGUCUGAGGAGAACACAGUGAUUACUGACACUAAAACAGAACUUCAGCCAUAUCCUGAUCAUCCAGACAGAUUUGAUGGAGAUUAUCGUCAGGUGUUGUGUAGAGAGAGUAUAAGUGGACGCUGUUACUGGGAGAUUGAGUGGAGUGGAUAUGUGUUUAUAUCAGUGUCAUAUAAGAGCAUCAGCAGGACGGGAGGGGAUUGUGAGUGUAGGUUUGGACGUAAUGAUCAGUCCUGGAGUUUGGAGGGCUCUCGCAUUUACUCGUUCUCUCACAAUGACGAACUGACUCUUCGCUCUUUAAUGUUCAGCAUCAGUAGAACAGAGAAUGAGAAGAAUUACUAUAGAGUAGGAGUGUAUGUGGAUCACAGUGCAGGAACUCUGUCCUUCUACAGCGUCUCUGGAGACACAAUGAGUCUCAUCCACACAGCCCAGACCACAUUCACUCAACCGCUCUAUCCUGGGUUUGGGGUUUAUGGAUCAGUCAAACUGUGUUGAUGAAUCAGACUCAGACUGAGAGAUUCUACCCAUAAUGCUUUGAGCUCAUGAUGAAUCAGUGACUGUCACACACUGACUAGAUGAUCCAAGAUAGGAGUCUCGACACAAAGACGAUGAACACUUUUAUUUACAGUAUUUUUCAACACGUCUCAAAAGCAAAGUCCAGGGAAUUAAGAUCAAUCACACAGUUUGAUGAUCAGUUCUUGUGUAAAUGAAGGAUCUCAAUAGAAACCUGUUACUUCAACCAUACGUCUGUUUCUGUUUGAAUUCAGUUCUCAUUUGAUUUACAGCAUUUAUCAUGUUAUUAUGAUUAUUGUCAGGAUUAUGUUUAGUGUUGUGUUUUUGUUCAUAUGUUCCUCUUGAUCUGUUUGUGAUUAUUGUCAGCUGUGUUCACUCGUGAAGCUCUGUGUAUUUACACUCCUGCUUCUGUUCAGUUCAGUUCAUCACCUCAGAGAGUUGUUUGGUCAUAACAUGAUUUUUGCAUUCAAUUCUAAUUUUGUAAAUAUGUAAAAUAAAUAUAUUUUUAUUGCAGCAUUUAUUUAUUUCAGUGUCACAUGAUCCUUCAGAAAUCAUUCUAAUAUGAUGAUUUGAUACUCCGUUA